AUGCUCCUCUGGUCCAUCCUCGCCAUCAUGGCCGCCACCCCGGCGGUGGUGGUGGCCCAACAGGGCCAGUUUGCCAUCCCCCUCACCGGUCUGCUGAACCAGCGCAUCGACCCGAUCGUCGACCCUGACAACACCAAGGACAUUGGUCACCUUCACACCAUCUUCGGUGCCAACAACUUUGGCACCAAGCUCAACACGUUUGCCCAGAUGCAAAAGGCGACAUGUACCACUGCCGCCACGCAGGCCGACAAGUCCAACUACUGGAUUCCGUCCCUCAUGUUCGUCAACCCAGACGGGACGUACGAACCCACGUGGCUCCAGGGCGCCCGCGCAUACUACAUGGUCCAGAACCUUACCAUGACUGAGCCGUUCCCCGAAGGCCUGCGCAUGAUUUCGGGCACCGCCACCUCGCGCACCGUCGGCCGCGAGCUCAGGACCAACGGCAUCCAUAUCGAGUCUGAGAUUUACAGCGGCGCCAACAAGGGCAACAAGGCCUUGGGGUUCAACUUGCCCAACCCCAAAUAUGAUAACCGCCCCCCGCCCGAUCAGAUCAGGCUCAAGAUCCAGUUCCCUGGCUGCGGAAACGGCCAGCUCGACUCGACUGACCACUUCUCGCACAUGACGUGGCCGCUCAACAGCAACAACCAGUGGGAUGCUCAGUUUGGCAUCAAGUGUCCUCCGACGCACCCGAAGAGGUUCCCCACCCUCCAGCUCGAGGUCUACUGGGCCCUGUACACUGGGCAGAGGUCGAGGUGGCGCAACGGCGCCAACGACAUCAACGUCGCCUUUGCGAACGGCGAUACUUUCGGCGGCUCGCUCCACGCCGACUUUGUCAACGGGUGGAACACCAACGUGUUCCGUGAUGCCAUCAAGUCGACGGUCUGCCUUAACAGCGACGCGACGAACGAGAACUGUCCCGCGUUCAAGCCGACUGUGAACUACGACACGGCGAAGAAGUGCCGCUACGCUGGCAUGGUGCUGGACGAGAACUCGGACGUGGGCCUUGGCUACUACAAGCCGCUGAAGAACCUCCCCGGGUGCAACCCCCGCUGGGACGAGUCGGGCGGCAGCACCAAGCCGACCGCCUGCCCUGCCGGGUACGUCAAGCCCGGAUGGACGUGGCCCAACGUCGCGUAUGGGAACUGGAACUGGCCCCUCGCGGUCGACUUCCCCAACGCCCCGAGUGGUAAGCCGUCCGACUCUUGGCUCUCCCAGUUCGCCGCGACGCUCGGUGAGCGUUUCGUGGCGUGGGGCUCUGUUGCCAGCACCCCCGGCGGCACGAGCGAGGAUGUCAAGAACAACAAGAACCUCGCCACUGCGCCGAACAAGGUUCAGCAAGUUGUUGGCCUUUAA